UCUCGCGCUGUUACGAGGAGUUAGGGUCCCUCCUUCUCCAUGACGUUCCAAGUUGCCAACCCCUAAGAUAGUGACGUGGGCACACCGUGGAUAUAUAAGCGGGUGCUCACGGGAAAUAAACGCACUUCACCGUUCAUCAUAUUGGUGUGACGCGUGUGUGUCCGACGGUAGUGAGAGUCCGUCGUGGUCUCACUCUGAGCCAGGUCGCACUUGCCUUUACCGCUUAUAGGCAACAUAGUGGCGCCGAAACCCGGUCUGCUCCCCGGCACACGGGUCUGAGCGGCGGGCGACGGGUAUCACGCUGGGACGAGGAGACGACCGGAGCAGCAGGUCUGACUUCGGUGGGGAGGACGCUCCCGUACCACCGGGAUGGAGAGUCUCGGGAAGGUUCCCGGUUGCAGAUCACCAGCCAAGCUGUCGACUCUAUUCCUGUGCCUCUAUGUUCUGGUAGCACUGAUCCACCUCAGCACCGGUUAUCAUCCCUAUCAGCCCCACAUCUGGACAUUCCGGAACGUCAUCACCGGCGCUCUAAUAGGCCAAACCGAGACCAACACCCCAGCAUGGACCGUCCGGCUGUCAGACAUCUUCACAAGUGAUCGGUCCAUCAAAACCUCCCAAGUCAUCACGGUAGGAACGUACUGGUGUCCAAGCAACAACCCUGGAAAAGAAUACUGCAUUCACCCAAGUUACUGGUUCUGUGGCUAUUGGGGGUGCGAGACCAUAGUAACUGGUAAUCGGUGGAAGCCUCCCAAACAAGAUGAGUUCCUAAAUGUAACAGGUUGGCCCAGUAACUGCAUCUCCCGGAGUACCUACCAAGGUAGACACCCCGGGAAUUGCACACACCUUACCAUCACAGUCCUAAAAACACAUGAUCCAUCUUGGGCGGUGGGAAGAUUGUGGUCAGUGUACCGGCGUGAAGACUCAUCCAUAAUACGCAACCCGGAUAGAGGCACUGUCAUUCAGAUAUCAGAUCCCCAUCACACAAACGCCACAUUGCAAUAGGGCCUAACGAAUUGGCAAUCUCUCAAAAAGACAAACCACCUAUGCCCACCUUCCUGAUGGCAGACAAACCGCUUGCGGCCGCUACACCACCUGUAAAAACCUUGCCCACACCUGAAGUCCCUUCACAAAACCUUUACACCCGGAUGCUACACGCCGCAUUCUUAUCCCUUAACAUCUCACGACCCAACCUUACAAAGUCCUGUUGGCUUUGUUAUGAUUCCCGACCACCUUUUUAUGAAGGAAUUGGCUCAAACAAAACCUUUCAGUACUCCCAAAGAGCAAGUCCCAAGCAGUGCAAGUGGGAUGCUCCUAGCAGGGGAAUCACCCUGGGAAUCAUUUCAGGCCACGGAACUUGUAUAGGAAAUACAAGCAUAAAAACCCAAAACAAAGAGCUGUGCGGCUCAUCUAUCCGCUUAAACCGGCGUGAAAAAUGGGCCAUUCCAGCAACAGGCCACAUCUGGGCAUGUCAUACUACCGGACUUACCCCUUGUGUGUCUAUAAGACAUUUUGAUGAAUUUAAUGACCUGUGUGUUCAAGUCAUUGUCAUCCCCAGGAUCUUGUACCACACAGAUGAGGAAGUAAUGCUGCAUUUUGAGACAGAGUCACUCCGAGUGAAACGAGAACUAGCCACCGCAGUCAGCCUAGCUGUACUGCUGACCCUCGGAGGAACAGGAGCAGCCACAGGUAUCACGUCUUUGGCCACACAGAAACAAGGCUUGCAACAGCUGCAAAGAGCCAUAGACGAGGACCUCCUAGAAAUCUACAAAACCAUCUUAAAGCUGGAGGAAUCUCUGUUCUCCUUGUCGGAGAUGGUCCUCCAAAACAGGCGAGGUCUGGAACUCUUGUUAAUGCAGCAAGGAGGACUAUGUGCUGCUCUGAAUGAAGAAUGCUGCACAUAUGUAAACCACUCAGGACUAAUACGCAGAUCCAUGGCAGAACUUAAAAACAGACUGGAGCGUCGGAGUUAUGAGCUCCAACAACAAAACUGGUUCAGUUCCCUUUUUACCCAGCACCCAUGGAUUGCCCCUAUAAUUUCUACUUUGUUAGGACCUGUUGUUGUUAUAAUGUUUGCACUCGUGUUCGGACCUUGUUUACUUAAUAGAAUUACACAGUUCGUUAAAGCUCGUCUAGGUACCAUUGAUAUUAUGCUCUUACAGCAAAGACAGUUGACCUAGACAGUUGUCAAUUCAGUUCGUUUACUAACAAGUUCAUUUGCACGUUACUAACCAGUUGUUUACCCAGUUCAAAUGUUAUGUUCAAAAUUUAAUUGUUCAUGGAGAGGGGGGAGAUGUGGUUAGCCAGAACAGCCGCUCGGAAGAUCUCGCGCUGUUACGAGGAGUUAGGGUCCCUCCUUCUCCAUGACGUUCCAAGUUGCCAACCCCUAAGAUAGUGACGUGGGCACACCGUGGAUAUAUAAGCGGGUGCUCACGGGAAAUAAACGCACUUCACCGUUCA